GUUUCAGAGUCUGUGAAUCAGGCUGCAUUCAGGAGCUAGUACAGUUUCUGCAGCCAUUUUUCCCCUCUGAAUCAGAGGGGACUUUUUACAAUCCAUUGCAUCCUGCUGCAUCCAAAGCAACAUUAGCUGCGAGACCCUGUGCAGUUUAAUCUCGGGACUUUGCUAAUCAUUUAUAUGCCUGCAUUUGUUGACUCUGUCUUUUAUUUUGUGUUCAAAUCCCGGUUUGAAGUUAACCAUUUUGUUUUGCCCCUCUCUCUCUCUCUCGUUGCAAACAAAAGGGGGAGAGUGGGGGAAAGAUUGCAGCCUUGCAAAAAAUGCCAAAGGGAGUUUCCCCAGCCCCAGGCAGGGGAAUUAUUGGGGCAGUGACUGGUUCCCAGAAAAAGCUUAUCAAUGUGGAAAAUGGGAAUACGGGGCUGUGUAGCCCCCAGGUUCCCACCAUCCCUGCCAGUUAUUUCACCCAAAUUGCAGGAGCAGUGUAUUCUGAUCACAGUGAUUGCUUGUAUGCAACCCCUCAAGGACCUGAAGUUAGAACAAUAAGGACUAGCACAGGGCGUCUGCCGGCAAAACGCAAACUGGACCUGGAAGACAGUGGGCAUCAGUAUUUACCAGAAUUUCGAACUCCCAAAGGCAAAGGCAAAAUGCCUGCCAGGAUACCAAGUCCGAAAACUCCUAAGUCUCCUGGGGAGAAGACGCGAUAUGACACCUCACUUGGACUUCUGACCAAGAAGUUUGUCCAUCUCCUCAGCGAGUCUCCGGAUGGCGUCCUGGACCUGAACCGAGCAGCGGAAGUCCUUGAAGUCCAGAAGAGGAGAAUUUACGACAUCACCAACGUUUUGGAAGGAAUUCAACUCAUCCGGAAAAAAUCCAAAAACAACAUUCAGUGGAUGGGCCGCAGUCUGUUUGAAGACACAUCGGUGGUGGCAAAGCAGCAGUGCCUCAGGCAGGAUCUGACUGACCUUGUGAGGAAGGAGCGAUCCCUUGACGACCUCAUCCAGAACUGCAGCACGCAGCUGAAAAUGCUGACAGAUGAUGAGGAAAAUCAGAGGCUGGCCUAUGUCACAUACCAAGAUAUUCGCUCAAUCGACAGCUUCCAGGACCAGACAGUGAUCGCAGUGAAAGCGCCACCGGAGACGAGGCUAGAGGUGCCUGAUGUCUGUGAGCAGGAGAACCUGCAGAUUUACCUGAAGAGCACUAACGGUCCAAUCGAGGUGUACCUUUGUCCAGAGGAAGUAACGGAAGAGAACAGCCCGAUGAAGUACAGCACACCUAAGAAGGAGGAUGGUGGUGUCUCUGCAUGCCUCCCAAAGCAUGAGCCGGGGACAAGAGCUCCAGUCCAGAGUGAAACAGAAUGUCCGAAAAUUGCCUGCAAACUUGAAAUUAAAGAGGAAGACGACCUGAAGCCGGUUUUGCCGAGCUCGCUGCUGGACUGUGAAGAUGGGGUCCUUGGUCUAUCACAUCACCUCCUCCAACAAACGGAGGACCAACUCCCUUCCACGUCCUACAGUGAUACCCCUUUUGUCAGCUUCUCUCCACCCUUGGACCGGGAGGAUUACCUGUGGAGCCUGGAGGAUGGCGAAGGGGUCAGUGACCUCUUCGACUCCUAUGAUCUCGAUGAACUGCUGCGUAACUAGUCUCUCCUGCUUGACCCGACGACUUCCCCUACCCUCGGACACCCUGCUCCAUCAAAAGGUUCUAUUUCCCUGAAGGUGAUGAACGACUUUAGUUUACCCAUGAACACUUUUAAGGGGCAAUCGUGGACUUCCUGCUGACAUUACCAGGGCAUCUUGAGAGUUGGCAGGACCUUGAUGAUCCCAGUGUCUGGAAUCCCAGGGAUUGGGUGUGAGAAAGACAGGAGGCAGGUGCAGAGGAUCUGCUCCUUGUGACUUGCAGUCUGUGCUGCCUUGAGUUUGGCUGUGUCAAAGAGGGAGUUUCGCCACUGUGUGCGUGUAUCCACGCCACUGGUUUUAUCAAAGGUGACCAUAUUGGCGCAUCUGAGACCUAGUUUACUAUUCCUUACAAAUUUUGGGGUGAGCUAUGGGACAGGCAAUGUCAUAUGUUGGGCUGUUCUUCCCUGUCGCCACUACAGUUUUAAAUAAGUAUGAACCUUACCUUGUGCCCUGUCAUCAUUUGUUUGUUUGACAAAUUUUGUGUCUCAUUCCAUCUUUUUAUUCCCAGCUUUCUUACUCCACUGCCAUUGAGCUGUGUCAGUGUCACUCUGGUUCCAUUUGAAAGCAGUGAAAUACAUUAGUAACCCUAAUCCUAUCGCACUGUGCCCCCUACAUAGUCUGUACCCCCACCCCCUUUUCCCCAUUUCAGACUGGGCAGCUCGUUUGCAGAGGGAUCAUGUGGAAAUAGAUUUAGGAUUUGUGGGUUUUGCGUGGCAGGUUUCUCUUGACUUGGCUCCAGUAUCUCCUCUGUUCCUGGGUUUCUGCCAUUAGCUGAGCAGGUUGGUUAUUGUUUAUGGCUUGUGUAGAGAUUUGGAUUCACCAAACAGCGUGGCCUGUAAAGUAGCCAGAGACUGAGCACAGGAUUUACUUUUCCUGUUUCGUACAAUUCCCAGGAAAUCAGAAAACGGGGUUUUUCCCCAAGUCCUGUUUUCUCAUUUGGGAGCUGUUAAAGAAAGGCUCGGCCACUUCUCCCACGUGGUCAGCAGGUGGAAGUUGAAUUUAAACCGGUGCUCGAUCAGUAAUCGGAAAGUGGAUUGUGGCCUCCAUUUCCAAUCAGCCAUGAUCAUAUCGAAUGGGAAAGCCUACUCCUGCUUCGAAUUUUUGUGUUCCUUACUGCCAUGCCCAUUUCAUCCCUGGUUGGUGGUAACCACAUUUGCUGCAAAUGAACUUGUGCAGUGGAAUUUUCCAAAAAUCUUUCUUUUUUUUAAAAUAGUGAGGAAUGCUCCAUCAUGUGACCCAAUUUCCAGUCGUGUUGCUUGCCCUACACUUGCUGUGCAUAUCCCAUGCUGGAUGACCAGCAGAUGUUUGCAGGACCUUUGGACAGCUGACCAAAUACCCCCUCCAGUUCUGUUGGCGUGCUGGCACACGGACUAAGUCAUUGUCAUACAGCACGGAAACAGGCCCUUUCAUCCAAUCCAUCCAUGCUGAUCAGGUUUCCAAAACUGAACUAGUCCCGUUUGCGUGCAUUUGGCCCA